CAAAGCAGCCAAGCCUUCAAGAUGUCGGCCUUCCUGUCGAUCGCGAGCAGGGCUUCUUGAUUUUCUUUAGAUCGUUUCAUUUUUCUCACGAUUAUGUAGUUCUGUUCAUUUUAAUCAAAUAAUAUUUAUAAAGUACACUUGAACAUGGCUGCUCUAGCUCGGUCCUUGAGAGGUAGUGGCAAUGUAACGAAUCUUUAUGGUGCGCUAUCGUGGGAGAGAUGUAAUCUGGCUGUGGUACGUUCUUCAAGAUGGCAACAGAAAAGGUUUAUGUCGAACCCUUUGCAGGGAAAGACAGUUCGUAUAGGCUGUGCCUCUGGAUUCUGGGGAGAUUCAAUGUUGGCAGGUAAAAAAAACUGCAUACCACAUAACAAUAAAGCAAUUUGCGACAUUGGCUAAAAAUUGAUCCUUCAACUCCCGUGAGUGACCAAGACAUAAUUUCUCCUUACAAUAUCAAUACAAUAUCAACCAGAUAAGUGAUGAGAAUAAAGAAAAAUAUUAAUUUGGGUAUAGUCGAUAAUAUACAUUAAAAAAAAAAAUGCGCAUCAGAUUGGCAGAAAAUGAGUGCAUUCUCAUGUAACACAAUUGCAAAGUUGUAACAAGAAUGCAAAGUACAAACAGUGCACAGACAUUUUCAAAAUUUUGUCUGUCUUGACUUUCUGCAAUGUUUUUUCAUGCACAUUAUUAACAAGUAAUAACAUGAUUUCUCUUGCACUUUGGUGUUAUAUAAAAUUUGUAAAUUGGUCAAAGACUGCAAAUUGCUCUCGCAAUUUUGUUGUGUUUGGAAAAUUUACUUGUGCUCAGAAACACCAAAUUGCACUCAGAAUUGUGUCAUUACCUUACUAACUCUCAUAAGUGAUUAAAAUGUAACUUCUCUUUAUAAUAUACCAAUAUUAUCCAGCUAAAAGGUAAUGAGAAUACUCUAACUCAUCAGGAAGAAGCUGUCAUCUUGAUCUAACAUCAAAUUCUUGUAAAUAAUCUACAAAUAAAUGUGAUGCAGUUAGAGGGGAGAAUUAGCAAUCAGAUUGCAAUGGUUAGUGAUGCCCAGCUCUUGCCUGUGGUCCUAGGCUUGUACCUAAAAUAUAGCUCUGGUACUGCCAGAGAUCAUUGACUUCUACAGGCAAUUAUGAUUUGAUUCAGAAACAUUGGAGAAAAAGCCACCUAAAGGAAAGGCCAUGAUCAAAAUCUAAUUUAGAUAUAUAAUUUGCACAGCAUCCUAUUAAUUCUACCUACUUUUUCAUUUUCAUUGUAGCACCACAGCUUGUUUCCGAGGGCAAUAUAGAUUAUCUUGUGUCUGAUUACUUGUCGGAAAUCACAAUGUCACUUCUGACAGCAGCUAAAAGAAAAUCUCCUGUAAGCACACUGUAUAUGUUACUGUUUAAUUUUAUCCUUGAUUUUAAUUGUAAUAUUCUUUGUGUCAUCAUUACUUAAAUUAUCAUUCACAUACAUGCCCUAGAACAAGAGGAAAUAGCAUUUAACCAAGGAAAAGUAUGUUAGAUUAAUAUAAGCUCAAAUUAUAAUUUUACGAUAUAUAUUAUAUGAUAAUGUCAUUUGUUUAUAAUCUCUGUGAAUAAUGGGGCGAGUUACUGUUGGUUUCUUGGGAUCAAUUUCAGUAUCUGAAAUAACCAAGGGCUAAUGCUUAAAAAAAACCAGCUUUGAAACUCUUUACGGUGGCCAGUUUAUCCUAUCAACUCAGUUGAUAAUACUAAAUCAUCCUAAAUCUCCCACUGAUGCAGCACCACAGUUUCCUUAGAAACUUAGCCCCUUAAUUCUCUGAAGAAUGUGUGUGGAUACACAGGUUUUGUUUGUUACUUUAUUUAACUGUAGUAAAUAAUAAACAGUAGGAGUGAUUAUUUGACUUUUUCAGACUAUGGGGUAUGCACCUGACUUCAUACAGUCUGUUAUGAAAGUACUCAUCAAACCCAUAAAGAAAAAAGGUAGGGGUGACUGGGUACUGCCAUUGUCAAACAACAAUCAGACUUAAGGUGAAGGUACCGAAUCAAAUGCUUCUUAUAGCUCAGUAACUGAAUACUCUAUUCAACAAAUACAUUCUAUGGUGCAGUACAUCUGUUCAGUAAUAGAUCACAGUUGAUGUCCAAAUGAGGAAAGAACGAAAAAGUGGCACACGCGGCGCAGCUGAGUAUGUCACCUGGGUAUAUCACUGAUGAUGUAGUCUAUGAUCUAUCACUGUACAGACCCAUGGCAGUAUAGAAUCUAAUUGUCUUAUAUGAUAAAAAAGCACAAUGUUCUUAGUGGUGACAUCAUCUAUGCCUCUGUCCUCCAACAGAUCAUAAAUACAAAACCAUCAAAAUAUGUGAAAGAUUCAGCUUACAAUACAAUCAAGAAAUUAAGUAUAAGUUAGAAUGAACUUGAUUUACUAAAACAAACGAUGAGAAACAUUUUGCUUUGUUGAUGUUAUCUAAAGAGGUAAUGAAUGACUUUAUCUCAAAUGAAGCCUUGUGUAAGAUUCAGUUCAUCAUUUAAUCAAGAAAUUAGUUGUAAGUUAGAAUGAACUUAGUUAAUAACAUAGCCAUUCCCUUAAAAUGAGGAGGAGAAAGAAGCUUUGUUGAGGACAAUUCUAUGUUCACUAGAGUGGUAAUGACUGACUUUUUCUCAAAUGAAGCCUUGAACAAAGUUCUCCAUUUCUUGAAACAUUUCUCUUCAAUUCAAAUUUCUUAUUCAACAUUCAGGUAUUCGCGUGGUCAGUAAUGCGGGAGGAGUCAAUCCACACGAGUGUGCCAAAGCUUUGAUUGCUGUGGCAGAAGAAGCUCAAACUGACUUAAAAGUUGCUGUUGUCACUGGAGAUGAUCUUAUGGGGGACAUUGAACAAAUAAAGCAGGCUGGCAUUAAAGAGAUGACAAGUGGUCAAGACUUGCCAGACAGUGUUGUCAGCAUGAAUGCGUAUAUAGGGUAAGAAGCAGUGGGUACUCAUUUGGUAAGAUACUCUUACAGGCCCCUUCCACUAUUAUGUGUGUCAUUUCAAGCUCAAGAAUUGAGACAAAUGAACCCUGACACCCGAUACACUUGACUUCUUAUGCAAGGUUCCUGUGAUGCCCAUUGAAAAAUUAACCCUUGACACCCUAGUGCUAGCAUGCAUAUUCACCAUACUGUUCUCUAAAAAAAUAAGAUGUUGACAGGGAGAAUUUUUUCUGAAAUCAAGAGCAUCUACUAAUUGGUGAUCAUUCCCUUUAUUUUUGUCACCUUAAUGUUGAAUUCAGGGGUGAUAUUGUGAGGAGAAAUUAGUUUCAAGUCACCACUAGGGGUCAAAUGGUUGACCCUUGAACUCCCAGAGGUGAUUAAAGUGUGACUUCUCCCUCUAAUGACCAUACAUUAUCCAACAAGCAGGUAAUAAGAAUACACAAACUUAUCACCUUAAAGUUUUUAUCUUGAUCUAACACCAAAUUCUUGCAGCUAUUUUACAAGGAAAUGUGUAGCAGCUAGAGGGGAGAAUUAACAGUCAGAUCCAUGGGAGUGAAAGGGUUAAGCAGUUAAUGGAGCCCCCAUGCCAAAUUAUUAUUAUUUUCAAUAAUAUUAUAAUUAUGUUUAACUAGGUGAUAUUUGUAGUACAUUGAUUUUUUUUUUUGUUGAAAAAGCUACUUUCAUUAAUUUUUUUUUUUUUUUUAAAUUAUUAGAGCUCUUCCCAUUGUAAGGGCCUUGGAGCUUGGUGCUGAUGUAGUUCUUACUGGAAGAUGUGUUGACAGUGCAUUGGUUCUUGGCCCUCUUAUGUAUGAGGUAAACCCUUCGAUAUCGACAGCUUAUCCUGUGCAUUUAAAAAAAAUGUGCAGCUAAAAUCAGCUAAAAAUUUAAAAAUUUCAUGUUUUAACCUGCAUUAAUCCAAAAUUUUUGCUAUAGCUCCAUGAAUUUUGCCUAACUAGUUCUCCCUGUUUGAUCACAAAAAUACGUGCUUGUUAUUGUGUUGACAAUGUUAUUUAAAAUAAAAUGUAACAUGACAUCAUCUCUUGUAGUUUGGAUGGAAGCCAAAUGAUUACGAUUUACUUGCAUCUGGAAGGUUAGAUUAAAAUGAUGUAUGGCAAAUUACAUUUAUUUAUGGAUUAUAUAUGAUCUAGUUAUGGAUAGUGAAUUUUACAUUAGAUUUAAUAUACUUUCAACCAAAACAGAAUUCACACCUGCUGAACAUGUUUAGUCAAACCUCAAGUAUCACCAAAUUGUAUUUUCAAUUUGAUAAAUUUGAAGGCAACAAUCAUUGCAGCUUCUAAACUGUAUGAAGAAAAAUUUAAACUGUGUUUAGCAAAACAUCUUUAAAAUAUGUGAAGCUUUGAAUUCUCAAGGUGUUAAGUUUUGGAUAAAGAUAACACAUUAUUUUGUCGUGAAGCAUUCAGGGGGCCAGAAAACCUGAUUAGCCAAUUGCAUGUUCGUAGCUGGUCCAACUUUUCACAAUGCUGUCUAUGAUUCAGGAUUUUUUCUGUGCCAUUGGCGGUGAAGUGGAGAAAAACCAAAACCAUCAAAGUUAGUCUUCAGCCUUUGGCCCUGGGCCAUACUCAAGACCUCAGGCUCAGUUUUUACCCAUACGGGCCUCCUGCCCCGUAAAUAGUUGAUAUCUGUAAUCAUAUAAUAAUUAUAUAUUUAUCCACAUAUAUUUUAACUGAUAAUUUAAUGAUUUUUAGUUUGGUGGGUCAUUUAGUCGAGUGUGGGGCCCAGUGCACUGGAGGAAUCUUCACUGACUGGCAGACUGUACAUAAUUGGUGGGUAUCUCAAUCUUGAAUUUACAUUUUAUGGUGAAUUUUGCAAAAUUGAGUUUUCAUAUUUUGGUAAUUUUUGGGGUCGUGGUAAUUUAUAUUUUGAAUAACUUAUUGUUGUCUGAACUUUUGUCUGUAUCUGUUACUUGCAUUCUACGUACCAAUCAAAGUGGGUCUUACCUCUUUAGGGACAAUAUUGGUUAUCCCAUAGCUGAGUGUGCUGCAGAUGGAAAGUUUAUUCUUUCUAAACCUCCCAACACUGGAGGGCUGGUGUCUCCAUCUACUGUAGCUGAACAGGUUUGAGGAAGGUUUUUUUUGUCAUCUUUAUUGUUUUUAUUAUUAUUAGUUGCUUAGGUGUUAUAGAGGAUUAAGCAAGAAACAUUUCUUUUUUUUUUUUUUCCUUCCAGUUGGUUUAUGAGCUUGGAGACCCAGCCCAAUAUGUUCUCCCAGAUGUGACUUGCGACUUUACGCAAGUCAGGCUUCAAGGACUCAUUGGUGAGUGCUGUAGGCCUACAAUAUCAAUACUCCUUUCUCAUUCACUUACAUACUUGUUUUUGAUAUUUGCUGUAUACUUGACACACCCAUUUGGUUACUUGAUGGAAUAGUUCAAAAUGUGCCUUUGUAGAAUUCUUUACCCCAGUCAGAAAUGACGUCCCAUUUCAAGUGUGCAAUGUAACUUUUAAAUUGGUUCAUUUAUGGAAUUCAUUGUCUUAAAAAUACCUUACGUCCAAUUUGUCUUUCCACAUGCUUGCCAAUGAAUCCCUCUGUCUAUGGUACCUCUUAGACAUCUUUAUUUUGCCAAAGAUAUCAUAACUUGUCACAUUUAAUUGUAAAUAUUAAGUGAUAUGCUUCCUUUCUGGUGAAGAAAUAAGUUGUCUCUCAUAAUUAGAUUUGAAAUGUUGAUGAGAAGAGCUACUCAGGAGUUGAAAUAAUUGAACACUCCUUCUGGAUUAGGUUAUGAUGGUGGAGCAGUUCUUGUUCAGGGUGCAGUUGGCAAACCAGCCUCAGAUGCAUACAAGGUAUAUUUAAUUUAGUGAAAUAAUAGGAGUAAGUUCCUAAAGAACGUGUGGUGCUGGGUCGGUGGGGGUCUGAGAAAGGAGAGGCAGAGUUGUAAGUGCUUUGCCCAUUGCUAUUUUUAUGCAUGUGAGAAUUUAAUUGUUUCCUCAAAACUACAGAUGUGAUCCUUGAAAAGUUCUGCGAGUGCCUCGAUCUUUAACCCUUGAUUCUUGAUCUUCAGGUCUUGAUUCUUGAUCCUUAAGCCUUGAUUCUCGAGCCUCAAUUCUCAGUUAUUACGAGGAUCGAGUUUCGUGUCAAGACUGUCGACCUACUUUUUAGCGAUACUUCAAUUGGGUUUUAUCAACUGUGUUGAUAAAUAAAUGUAAAUCGACCACCGGAAAGAUUUAGGAACUCUUUAUGGUGGUCAAGUUACAUUUAUUUAAGAACUCAGUUGAAAUAAUCAAAUUAUUUUAAAUACUGCGCGUAAAGUCACAAGUCACCAUUUUUGAAACCCAUUGUGAUACUUAUUCCGAUUUGCCACUCAUCAUGUUCCCUUUGAUAGUGGAUAGUUUUGGUGUCUUUUCUCUAUUAGGAGCUCUUUGAAUUUUUUCACUGACAGAUGUCAUAAUUUGUGUUUUGUAACAGGUUUGUGCAACGUACGCAGAUGGCUUUCGUGCCACAGCUGUUUGUCCUGUUGGAGGGCCGUUUGCUUCACUCAAAGCUAAGAAAACGGGCGAAGCCCUCUUGAAAAGGUAAGAUAUUUUGACCCCUACUGAGCUGAGAUGGCGUCCGAUUGCAUGGUUAGCAUACUAGACAUAAGAUUACCUUGUUCUGAACAACUUGCUCCUCGUUGUUUGAGCCACUUGUUUCGUGUGCAAACUAUCGCCUUUUGACUUAUACACGAAUAGACUUUGCCAGAAAAGUAUACACGAUGCAAAAGCUUUAUCUUUUUCCAGUUGUAAUGUCCUUACAGUGUAUAUUUAACAAUUGGUUCAUACGUAGGCGUGCGUUCAUCGAGAUGAAGCACGCGGGAAGUUUGGAGAGCACGAAAGAUGUCUAGCUUCUUGAGUGCUCUCCAAACUUCCCAAGUGCUCCAUAUCUCGAUGAACGCACAGCUGACGUAUGAACCAAUUGUUUUAUUACAACCCAAUGGUUAUACUGUACUAUUAUUAACUUAUAGUUACUUAGUUUCUUAUCAUUUAUUUUGAAAUGUUUUAAAGGGGUUAAUUGAUUCCCUAUACCACGCUUCUGAAGGGAUCACCCUGAUUAAAUUUUGCUAUGGUUUAAAUGUUUCAGGGGUAAACAUUUUGCUACGCUUCAGUAAACGAUUUUGUUUCCAAAACAUUUUGCUACCUAAAUUGCCGUUUAGCCUAAAUUGUCUUAAUCAGUUUUUUAAAAGUAAAAUCCCAAAGCAAAAAAAUCGCGGAGAAAAUUUUUUUCUCGAGGGAUUUGUUUGCUGACGUCAUGAACGGGCGAUAAUAGGAAUAUUAAACACGCUCACGCAAUUGAAUUUGAUUAGACAAAUUUACUAGCUAAGAUAUAAUAGUAAUUGUUUCCUCUUCGAGCAAUUUUCAACUGAGUUUCGAAAGUAUUCCGGGAUUGCUUUAGUUUCCUUUAAUUCGUUCUGUGAUUGGUCCAGAAAACUUCUACCAUUCUCUCGACCAAUCAAAUGCAAAACUAACACCAAUCUUGGACACCCGCGUUUUCCCGCGUUUUCCCGCGUUUUCCCGCGUUUUCCCGCGCUUUCCCGCGUUUUCCCGCGCUUUAGGCGAUUUACCCUUUUUUGUUUUGAGUUGUUACUGGCUCUUCAGGGUAUUUCCUUUCUUUUGAUCGGCCAUUGUAAUUUUUUUUGGUUUUGGUUUAAGACACAAGCGCUUUAUGACUCUCCUGCCUCUUUUGGGAAUUAUCAGCUUCUAAUUACUUUAAAUUGGCAAAAUUUUUAUAGGACAAGAAGAAUGUUUGAAAAUUUAAAGCUGGAUGACUACACACGAACUCAUAUUCAGGUAACAGUUCUGAAUGUGUGCUGCUGUGAUAUCGAUACCACAUGUUGCUGUCCGUUAAAUUCUGUUUGCAGUCAAUAUAUCCCUUUAACUCCCAUGAGUGACCAAGACAGAAUUUCUCCUCACAAUAUCCGUACAAUAUCAAGCAGACAGGUGAUGAGAAUAAAGAAAAAUAUCAAUUAGGGGAUUAUUAAUUGAUCCGAUCACAAAUUCUCAGAACUAAAAUCAAAAGAAUUGUAUGGCAGUCAUUAAGUUGAAUCAAUGAUGAGAUCUUUGGGGUGAAAGGUAUAUCUGAACAAUAUCUUUAUUAACGCCGUACACAAUUCCGUGUCAGGUUUUGGGCUCCGAGGAGACAUAUGGAAAACAUGCCUUUCCAGGGAUCAUGACAGCAGUAAGUUAUUAAAAUGGUGUAAGAGAGAGUUUUCGAAAGACUUGUCGAAAGACUUGAGGCACUGUGUGAAUCUAACAGAAAUUUCAGGAUCUACUGCAGAUUUGUAGGUGUGGAAUUAACGAGUUUGGGCUGGUCUGGAAAGUGAGUGUUGGAAAAUAAUUGUGAAUACGGUGAUCGGAGGUUUUUUAAAACUCACAUAAAUGUAUUAUCUCUCUGGCUAAAUAUGCACCUUUAUCCAAGCAAACAGCUUAUAUUAUGGAGGUUUCUCGUCCUCGCACAAUUUUUCUGCUUACAGAAACUUCAAUUUCGACAAAACUGCUAAAAAGAACCGCAAACCUGAAGCACAAUUUUAACUUAAUUGACAUUUCACACUGUUUCUUUUUGUGUUUUGAAGAAUCCCAGGGAAGCAGUAUUAUGGCUGGCAGUUCAUCAUCAACAGAAGAAAGCAUUGGAAUUGUUUGCGAUGGAAAUUGCAUCCGCUGGAACUAGUAUGGGUGAGUUUGAGUGUCUUCACUGUCAACAUGGCAACGCCAAUUCCAAGGCUCGGUGUACUAAUUUCAAGGGUCAUAACGUCGGCACAGAAUCAAAAAGCAAAUAUGGAAGAAGGAAAAACCAUAGUUGUACUAAAUUUUUAAUAUUCAUGGUAGCUACUGCACUUGUAAGUAAAAAUUAUCCCAGAAUUAGAAAAUAAGAUGUUCGCGCCUUUUAGUAUUUGUUCUAAAACUGAUAUAAUCCUAAGAAAGUAAUUUAUAAGCUAAUUAAUUCCUAAUUAGCUUUUUCCUCUGUCACUUUUGCUCCUUGCAUUUUUCUAUAGCAACGUUAUGGCAGUUAGGCUUAUCUUUGUGAAACAAAAAGCCAGCUCGCUCAAAGUCAUCGGCGCCCGUCCAACCGUUGCUUAUACUGAUUUCAGUGGCACGAAGAAACUAAACGUGUUACUACCUCUCAUUGGGCAGUAUUUCAAGAAAUCACGAGGAUAUCUUCCUCCCCUACCCCCUCCUACCCCACUGACCUUUCUUCUGGUUUCCUGGAUAGUUUGCUGGUAUCCAUCCCUACUCCGAUCCUGAAAGGUAAAAGAUGAUGAAGAUGAUGAAAAUCACAUCACAGCUUAUUUCUUUUGCAGCCCCUGGAUUAACUGCCAUCGUUGGAGGAAGACCGAGAGUGUAAGAUUUGAAUUUCUGUUUUCUUUAGUAAAAUGUGUGACCACAAUUAUUUUGUUUUGUCUUCAACCUGUUCAUGAAACGUUUCUUCUCUUCUCGUUUAGCUCUCCAUUGCUGAGACUGUAUUCUUUCUUGUAUCCCAAAGACAACGUCAAGGUGGGAAAGUAGUAACCAGUUUUAACUCACAUUAUCAUUCCACAAUUACGCCAUUUUAUCCUAUAAGGGCAUCGUAACGCGCAAAAUAUGUCAUGGUAUUACACUUAAGAACAAGGCAAAUUUUUCAAAUUAUAUUUUGUUUUGUUUUGACUCAGGUUGAUAUUUUUAUGAAUGGUGAACAUGUGGAAACAGUUUCUCCUUCAGUACCAGAUGAACAACCAGCAGCACCUGACAGUGAGACACGCACACAUGAUGCGGUACCAAAAAUUCGUAAGUUUGAGAAAUUGUUUGAAUCUAAAGGCUGGUUAUCACUUACGACAGAGUUGAGGGCGUAAUGAAAAGCACAGAGCAAUACGAUCCAGUGAAAAGUAAACCGAUGGAAUUGGAAGAGCAGGGCGUGAAAUUGCGCCUAAUACAGGCGCCAAUGCGACUAAAUUUUUUACUUUGGCGACCAAAUCCUGAAAAGUAGUCGCCAAAUUGGCGAUUAGAAUGUUUCAUCAUAACCAUACCUAGAGAUAUAGUGAAUUACAAAGAUUCGCAAAGAUAAAUCCGCUGCAAACUUCCUCGUUAAGUUUGUUUCCAAAACUCAGCACAUGCAUCUCGAUCGAUAACUAGACGCCAUCUUGGAUCUAGGUGAGCUCGAACGUUUUACAUCAUCCAUCCUAGUCUCCACUUUGUCAUUUAGAACGCUGAUAGCGUAAAAAAAAGUUUUUUUUGUCUUUAAAAAUGGCGACCAUUUUUUUUGAAUUGGCUACCACUUUGAAAAAUUUAGGAGCCAAGUGGCUAUCAAAAAAAAAAAAAUCAAUUUCACGCCCUGAAGAGAAAUAUCGAUUUUUGUUGCUUACGAUCCAGUGACAGGUGGAUUGAAUUUCUGUGUACAAAUAUUUAUUGGGUUCAGUUUUCGGCAAAGAUGAUGUGCCUGGACGAAAGAUGGAGUUACUAUUUGCCAACUAUCAAAAUGUAAACUAUGCAGUUAUUUGGCUCAAAUGAAGUUGGUGCACCAUUAACACUGUUUUUGUGUUCAUCCCCCUAAGGAAUGCCAAAGGGCCGUUGUACAUUUCCACUUAGCUCUUUAGCACUGACGAGGAGUGGUGAUAAAGGCAACAACGUCAAUAUAGGUAAAGCGUAUAUCCCUAUUGCGCCAACUCGUCUGAUUCUUCCUUUACAUUGAGCGUUUCAUCUAACUGUACUUCAAACUUAUCCUACUCUUUAGUCUCAUUUAAGAGGUCGUGGAGUUUGCAACUCUUUCAAACAUGCAUUGCCCAACAAAUAGGAAAUGGAAUUGGAAAUAUAAAUACUGCGGAAAGCUUUCUGAUUUUGUAACCUUGUGAAUCUUUUUCCAGGUGUAAUUGCUCGCCAUCCUUCCUACGUUCCCUUCAUACGAGCGGCACUGACCGAGGAAAGUGUCGCGAAAUAUUUUAGUCACUUAUUUCCUUCUCCACCAGAAGAAGGACACUGUAAAGUUAAAAGGUUAGCGUGGCAUAAGGGGGAAAAUUGUUAGAAAAGGAUGUAGCAAAACUUGUUUUAUUUUUUCACAUUGGUAACGAUGAAAUCCAAAAACAGGUUUUAUUUCUACAUUCAACCAAGAGAAGGGCACCUGAUAUUUGGCGCCGGCCGUCCCACUAAACUAGAUUGAACAAAUUCCAAUAACAAAAAAUAUUGUUUAACUAAGACGACUUUGAAAAAUGGUUAUCUGCAAGAUACCACUGGCCUCUGUGACGACAAGUUUGCACUUAGAGUACAACCAUGGAUAGAUGGACACAGAACUUUUCGUGAAGAAGUGCCGACCAAUUGCUGGAGUCGCAAAUACGUAUUUAAGAACGACUGUUACAUUAAAUUAGAGUAAAAUUCGGCGCUUCAAAAAUCCAGUUGGAUCACAACUGGUGAGGCUUUUACCAGAACAAAUCGAGGAGCCAGUAUUGGGAGAUCCAGUGUAGUUCCCUUACAUCAAUCAUGAAACAUCUCGAAGAUUUUUUCUGGUGUUUAAAAGCUAGGCUCAUUUUAAGGUGCCGCAACAGUUUAUUGUCGUAUUGAUUGCAUUUGAGAUAUCACGCAUCAUUUCAAUUGACCUAAAAGAGGCACAAGAAAUCUUAUGCUGAUACUGCAAGAACAAUCGCGGCAAUGCUUUGGUUUUGCACAGUGCUCUAACUCGUCAAUUAAAGUUAGGGAAACGAGAGCUGAUGUAGGUAGAUUACUUAGUGUGAAAACUUGUUUCCAUACGGUUAAUCAUUGUUGAUUAAGUUAAGUUUGAUAUGGGUCUGUCUGAAAUCUGUGUGCAGAUGGCAUUAUUCGUCUAAUGCCAUCCUUAAAAACUGCAAAGUUAAGUAAACUUGCAUUUUCUUAUUGUAGAUAUGAACUUCCAGGGAUCAACGCAUUUAACUUUGUCUUAGAAAAUGCUUUAGGAGGCGGCGGGGUGACAUCAUUACGCAGCGACCCACAGGUGAGGGUUCGGACGCGCAACACGUAUUUGCAGCAAGUAAAGUAAAGUCUUGUGGCCAUAAAACCUCGGCAUCUAUUACUUAUUGUUCCCUGAAGCUCAGCUGUGUCCUUCGAACGUCUCUUGUGUCAGUGUAUCUCUGUAAUUUUACUUUGUAUUUCUCGAAACCCUGGUUUGCAUUUUGAAAAAUACCAUAUCAUCUGUUAUCAUUGAACUAAGGUUGAACUGUAUCUAUGAGCUCAUAUCCAAUUUAAGUUAAAGAUCAAUUGCUAAGAUUCAUGCAGAAGUACUCGCUUGGAAUUAAUCCUGGGUUGUGAUGAGAUGACGAGUUAUGUUUUGUUUUUUCAGGGAAAAGCUCUUGGUCAGAUGCUUUUAGACUUCAAGAUA